AUGGUGAAACUGAGGGAACACAGUGAAGUGGGAGAGACUGAAUGGGCAGAAGCAGCCGCCAUGGCUGCUAGUUUUCUGAAAGCUCGAAGAUCAACAAGAAAGAGAUUCAUCGGGGUUCGUCAGAGACCUUCAGGGAGAUGGGUGGCUGAAAUCAAAGACACAAUUCAGAACAUAAGAGUUUGGUUAGGGACUUAUGAUUCUGCAGAAGAAGCUGCGAGAGCUUAUGAUGAAGCAGCUUGCUUGCUUCGUGGAGCGAACACUCGCAGAAACUUCUGGCCUUCUCAGUUUAGUAAUUCCCCAGCAAAUCCAGUUCUUCCCAGAAAGAUUGCUAAUCUCAUCCUUCUUAGGCUCAAAGCUCGAAACCUUGCUUCUUCUUGUAAUUUUUCCAGUAACCAAACAGAAGAAGAAGAAACAGCAGCAGAACCAAAGUUGACCCAGCUUGGUUAUUUCCUUCCUGGAUCUGAUAAUAAUGGUGGUGAAUUUUGUAGUGAUGGAGUGAUUGAAGAGGGGUGGGGGAGGAAAAUGAAUUUGGGAGUUGAAAAAGGAGAAAGUGAAGGAAAAUCAGAAGAAAAUGAGAUGGCUAAUCUCAUGCUUUCUAGGCUAAACACGCGACUGUUCAGUUUUAGAUCAGGAAACAAGACUAACUUGGAUGAAGGAGGAUUUAACGAAGAAAAUUCUUCUGGGAAGCAAUUGAAAGUGAAUGAUGAGGAAAACAUUGAAACUAGAUUCGAAUCUGACAUGUGGCGGCUCGUGGAUUUCCAGUUUUUGGAUAACGUGGGAUCAACGGUUUGUUCUUCGUCUUCUUCUUCUCCAUUUGAGAUAGCAGAAGAGAUGAUGGGGCCAACAAUGGAUCAGCAAGACGGAUAUGAAAAUGAUGCCGAAAAUUACGAAGCAUCAUUUCUCAGAGAAACUUUUAGGAUGAAAUUAUGA